AGUGGGGACUGUUGUGUUGUGAAAAUGGCGACGCCUCGUCGCUCCUCUCAGCAGCAUCAGCCGAGCUCCCUGCUGUCCUCCCCGCCCCGCGGCUCCUCUAUCCCCGUCACUCCCCCGGGCUCUCCGCCGGCGCACGCCGAUGAUGCCAACCCCCUUCCCCGCGGAGCCGCGAUGGAGAGCGCGGCGGACGGCGAGGAAACCCCGGCCUCUCCCACCAGCACCUCUCCAGCCCUGGCCCUCACCAACAGCACCACCACCACCACCACCACCAGCAGCAGCAGCUGCAGCACUAGCAGCAGCGCUAGCUCCCCGACCACCACCACCGAGGGUAGCGAGACCAGCCCGGGCUCUACGCCCGACUCGGGCAGUGGUAACCGGGGCAGUGGCGGCAGCAGCAGCGGCGGCAGCAGCAGCAGCAGCAGCAGCGCUGGAGGUGGCGGCGGCGCAAACGGGGCUUUCAGGGAGCUGUUCGAAGCCUGUCGCAACGGGGAUGUUUCAAGGGUGAAGAAACUCGUGGAUGCGGUGAACGUGAACGCCAAAGACAUGGCAGGACGCAAAUCGACACCUCUGCACUUUGCUGCAGGUUUUGGGCGGAAAGACGUGGUGGACCACUUACUUCAGACGGGCGCUAAUGUGCACGCCCGGGACGACGGGGGUCUGAUCGCGCUUCACAACGCCUGCUCCUUUGGUCACUCUGAGGUGGUGUCCUUGUUGCUGUGUCAGGGGGCCGACCCCAAUGCUCGAGACAACUGGAACUACACCCCACUACAUGAAGCGGCCAUCAAGGGCAAGAUAGAUGUCUGUAUAGUGUUACUGCAGCAUGGAGCCGACCCCAACAUCCGCAACACCGACGGCAAGUCCGCCCUGGACCUGGCUGAACCCUCCGCCAAGGCCGUGCUCACAGGUGAAUACAAGAAGGAUGAGCUGCUGGAGGCGGCGAGGAGUGGGAACGAGGAGAAGCUAAUGGCUUUGCUCACUCCGCUCAACGUCAACUGCCAUGCGAGUGACGGCCGCAAGUCCACCCCGCUCCACCUGGCAGCAGGAUACAACAGGGUGAGGAUAGUUCAGCUGUUACUACAGCAUGGAGCAGAUGUUCACGCCAAGGACAAGGGUGGUCUGGUUCCUCUACAUAAUGCCUGCUCCUAUGGACACUAUGAAGUUACAGAGCUUCUGCUAAAGCAUGGAGCAUGUGUUAAUGCCAUGGAUCUGUGGCAGUUCACCCCACUGCACGAAGCGGCAUCUAAAAACCGAGUGGAGGUCUGCUCCCUGCUCCUGAGCCACGGGGCCGACCCGACCCUGCUCAACUGCCACAGCAAGAGCUCUGUGGACAUGGCGCCCACUCCUGAGCUGAAGGAGAGACUUACAUAUGAGUUUAAGGGCCACUCGCUGCUUCAAGCCGCUCGAGAAGCAGACAUGGCAAAAGCUAAGAAGACCCUGGCACUGGAGAUCAUCAACUUCAAACACCCUCACACACACGAGACUGCACUACAUUGCGCAGUAGCAUCACCUCACCCCAAAAGGAAACAGGUGACGGAGCUGCUGUUGAGGAAAGGCGCCAACGUCAAUGAGAAGAAUAAAGAUUUCAUGACUCCUCUCCAUGUGGCAGCAGAGCGGUCGCAUAAUGACAUAUUGGAGGUGCUACAAAAACAUGGUGCCAAGGUGAAUGCCCUGGACACACUGGGCCAGACGGCGUUGCACCGCGCUGCGCUGGCAGGCCACCUUCAGACUUGCAGGCUGUUGCUAGGAUACGGGGCAGACGCCUCGCUGGUGUCACUGCAGGGCUUCACUGCUGCUCAAAUGGGAAAUGAAGCUGUUCAGCAAAUACUCAACGAGAACGUCCCGGUGAGAAACUCAGACGUGGACUACAGACUUCUGGAGGCUGCUAAAGCUGGAGACCUGGACACUGUCAAGUCACUGUGCACGGCUCAGAAUGUGAAUUGCAGAGAUCUGGAGGGACGACACUCCACUCCUCUUCACUUUGCUGCUGGCUACAACAGAGUGUCGGUGGUGGAGUACCUCCUGCACCACGGGGCCGACGUGCACGCCAAGGACAAAGGCGGCCUGGUUCCCCUCCAUAACGCCUGUUCGUACGGUCACUACGAGGUGGCCGAGCUGCUGGUCAGACACGGAGCCUCAGUCAACGUGGCCGACUUGUGGAAGUUCACGCCGCUCCACGAAGCUGCUGCCAAGGGCAAAUACGAGAUCUGCAAACUACUGCUCAAGCACGGAGCGGACCCCACCAAGAAGAACCGAGACGGGAACACGCCUCUGGACCUGGUGAAGGAUGGGGACACCGACAUCCAGGACCUGCUGAGAGGAGAUGCGGCACUGCUGGACGCCGCUAAGAAGGGCUGCCUGGCCAGGGUGCAGAAGUUAUGCAGCCCCGACAACAUCAACUGUCGGGACACGCAGGGACGCAACUCCACCCCGCUGCACCUGGCAGCUGGCUAUAACAACUUGGAGGUAGCAGAGUAUCUGUUGGAACAUGGAGCUGAUGUGAAUGCACAGGACAAAGGAGGGCUCAUACCUUUACACAAUGCUGCUUCAUACGGGCACGUGGACAUAGCCGCCCUGCUGAUCAAGUACAACACAUGCGUCAACGCCACAGACAAGUGGGCGUUUACUCCCCUUCACGAAGCGGCCCAGAAGGGGCGGACUCAGCUCUGCGCUCUGCUAUUGGCCCAUGGAGCUGAUCCCACUAUGAAGAACCAGGAGGGACAGACGCCACUGGACUUGGCAACGGCCGAUGAUAUCAGAGCACUACUGAUUGACGCCAUGCCGCCAGAUGCCCUGCCAAGCUGUUUAAAACCACAGGCCACCGUGGUGAGUGCGAGUGUGGUGAGUACGGGUGCGGCAGGGGGCGUGGUCAUCUCUCCCUCUCCAUCCCCAUCCUGCCUGUCUGCAGCCAGCAGCAUAGACAACCUGACCACACCCCUCGGUGACAUCACUGUGGGCGGGGCCACUGGAACCGCAGACGGAGCAUCUGGGUCCGACAGAAAGGAAGGGGAAACUCUGCUCGACAUGACCAUCAACCAGUUCUUAAAGAGCCUGGGGCUGGAGCACCUCCGAGACAUCUUCCAGCGGGAACAGAUUUCGCUUGAUGUGUUGGCAGACAUGGGCCAUGAGGAGCUGAAAGAGAUUGGCAUCAAUGCUUACGGUCACAGGCACAAACUCAUCAAGGGCAUCGAGAGGCUGCUGGGAGGCCAGCAAGGUGCAAACCCAUACCUGACGUUCCACUGCUCCAGCCAAGGCACCGUUCUGAUCGACCUGGCACCAGAUGACAAGGAGUUCCAGUCUGUGGAGGAGGAACUACAGAGCACUAUCAGAGAACACCGAGAUGGAGGCAACGCAGGCGGAGUCUUCAGCCGGUACAACAUCAUUAAGAUUCAGAAGGUGGUGAAUAAGAAGCUACGGGAGAGAUAUGCGCACAGACAAAAGGAAAUUGCAGACGAGAAUCACAACCACCACAACGAGCGCAUGCUCUUUCAUGGUUCUCCCUUCAUCAACGCCAUCAUCCAUAAGGGCUUUGACGAGCGUCACGCCUACAUUGGCGGCAUGUUUGGCGCCGGCAUCUACUUUGCUGAGAACUCCUCCAAGAGCAAUCAGUAUGUGUAUGGGAUUGGUGGAGGCACGGGAUGUCCCACCCACAAAGACCGCUCCUGCUACGUGUGCCACAGGCAGAUGUUGUUCUGCAGAGUGACGCUGGGUAAGUCGUUUCUACAGUUCAGUGCCAUGAAAAUGGCCCACGCCCCCCCCGGACACCACUCUGUUAUAGGUCGACCCAGUGUCAAUGGACUGGCGUAUGCAGAGUACGUCAUCUACAGAGGGGAGCAGGCUUAUCCAGAGUACUUGAUCACUUACCAGAUCGUGAAGCCGGAGAGUCUGGCCACGCCUGCUGCCACAGCUGAACAGAAGUCCUAAAUUUCAAUCACAGCUGGAUCCAGAGAAGGCCAGACUGCAGUGGACUAGACCCACGACUAGAUCUGAACUAGGAAGCGUUUCAAACCUCAGACCCAAAUUUAAAGCCUCCAGAGCUGAACUUGAAGUGGGUGAGGUGGAGUGUCGACCAGGCAGGAGGCAGACAGUCCCCGGAGGCAGGCGUGGACGAGUCUAAACAGAGGGAGAAAAAGAGGAUGAGGAGGAAUUGUCUUUGCGUUUUGGGGUAUGAUACAUGCACAGUCCAAAGCAGCAGACAGCAAUCCCUCAGGCUGUGUAAUUAAUUGGAUCCAGUUGUGCAGGAGCAAAUGCAAAUGGUUCAACUAAUGUGUCUGGAAGUAUAGCAUUAAGCUCAUUUUUAAAUUUGCAGGCCUGUGGCUUGACCCUAAAAACAAUUAAGAGAGCAAUUAGAGGAGACACAGUCCAAACAAAACAUCAUUGAUUUUGCACCUUUGCACCGCUCAUGUAUUCUGCCCCAAGUUUUUAAUGUGUUGUUUUGAUAUUGUGUCACAACAUCCUGAGGGAACUUCCACAAACAUCAAUAGUCAUGAUCAGAGAACAGAAAUCCAGCGCAGUUCUGUGUUCGCUCACAUCGUUCCUGCCGUAAACAAAGAAAGAAACAAUGUAAAACGAGGUAAAGAGAUUACUGUGGAUAAAUACCCAGAAGCCAAUAAGCAGAAAACAAAAACAGGAGACCACAAUCCCCUGCCUCUACCAGUGCUGGCUGCAGAAUUUCCACUACCAGGACCAUCUUCCACAGACGCCCGUCAGACAGACCCAGGUCAUAUCCAUACACAAUGGAUAUGGAUGGAUUUUAGAGGUUUUUAGGUUAACUUGGCCAGAAAAUCCCAAUUUUUCCAGAGCUGAGCAGUGAAAAGCAAGUAGCAACCACAAUAGCUGAGUGUAAUAGGCUGACACACCUGUCAGUCAAGCCAACAUGCCCUAAACACACCCCUCUCUGAGCCUUAAUUUCUUCUCAAUGAAACAGAUUUUUAAAAUUUUUCAACAAUACUCAUGAAAAGAGGUAUAACCUUGUGUUCCUACAGAGACAUGAGGUUUUUCAGUUCAGUUUAAGACUAACAUGGUGGCUGCUGCUUGUUUCAGCCCAGCUCAGUAUUAACACAGUUCAAACUCUUUUACCAGGACCAGGAGGACCACAAGGGAGCAGACUGUGACCCUGUUAAAUGUACAUGUAUAAAUGUAUGUGUAUAAACAUACACACACUCAAUGCAAAUUUGUGUAUACACUUGACUCACACACCUCCUCUCCAUUAGUUUUACUACUAAGUCACUCAAAGACUUAAAACUAAAUUAAAAAAAACGAAACUAAAAAACGAAAUACAGAGAAAUAUGUAUUCAGCCUUAUAGCUAUUACAAGAAAUAAUUUGGGGACAAAAGGUUGGCUUUUCAGAGUUGUAAAGUGUGACGCUCCACUUUGUGAUAGUUCCUGAUCUUGUCCCGUGCAGCUCGGCGUUCACACCUUUCUGCUGAAGCGUCUUUGCAUCUUGUGUUUUAGUGUCUCUCAGAUGGACCCAUAUUUUCCGUGUUGCCGUUUACAUGAAACUGCUGCCUUUUGGCCCCUUUCCUCUCUACCUGUAACUGUUGAUGCCCCCUAGUGGUACAACAGAGGAAUUGCUGGCUUGCAGUAUUGAGAUGAAGAGUACAUAUAGUGUAUAUCAGUAAGGCAUUUAUGUAGAGGUUAAUAUCUACAUAAUACUAUUUAUUUUUGUUUUUCUGAGACAUAUUCCAUUUUUUUUUUCCCUUUGCGUUUCCACCUUUUUCGGAGUCAUCUUUAUUCUCCGGAGUUUACACUUGUCGAACAUUAAGAGAAUGUGAGGUGAGCCUUGUCACUGUAUCUUAGAGAGCCAUUCCGAGGUCUGCUCGCCGGCUUCAAAGAGAUAUUUAAGUAACCAGAAAUCUGCAAGUUGACUGAAGUUGAGGAUAAUGGAUCUGUUGUGCAUAAACAUGAGCAAUCAAACAUCUGUUUGGAAUAAACAUUAAUCGUGACACACUACCAUAUUCAAACAGCAAGCCUACAAACCCCUCACACUACGUACUGUAAGCUUGAAUUGAUUUCUUCAACUACACUGACUGUGUUUUUCUGUUGAUACUUUAUUAUUUAUGAUUCAUUAUUUUCAAUUGAUGAUACUGUACACGGGACCACGCAUGAGUUUAUUUUCUUUCAUGGCGAUUACGUCAGAUCAAGUCAAAGAGUGCUGAAGGUCUUAGAAAUUCCUUUAAACUUCAUGGAAUGGAAUGGAAAGGAAAAUGGCCUGGAGUUUUUGAAAAUUACAACAUUGCCUUGAAAUCAUUUGGGAACUGAUGUUGGAGUUUACCCAGAUCAUGCAGUAGGAAAAGAGGGACACCUGGUUUAUACCGGCUUGUCAAAAGACUUUCAGACAUCAGCUAGGCAGGCUUUGUUUUAAUCUGAACACAAAACAAAUAUCAGAGUCUAGACUGACAAAGCUGCUCUGCCAUUUGAUUUCUUUUCAUCCCGACUUUGUUAGCAUUACAGUGUCUGCCACUCAAACUCGGAUCUCAGCUGAUUCGCACUUUCAGUGGAAGGUGAAGAUGACAUUGGUCUGAGCCAAGGCCAAACAAACAUUCAAUCCUCGUUAGAGUGUUAACUGAGCCUAUUAUCUUUGUUUCAAUGAAAGUUGGCUGUCAACUCAAAAUAGCUGCCCCGCUCAGACUAAUAAACAGUCUUUGUCAGAUUA